UAGUAAUCAAACCUCUGCCUCGGUUAUGGCAAGAAAUGCCUCCAGAAAUUUCAUGAGGGCCCUACAAUUGUACCAGGGCCCGCACUGUUUAGCCAAAAAAUUCCAGAAAAUAAAUCUUACGAAAGAGGUGGUUUUCAAUUCUAGUCCACGGCGCCGCCGCCACUACAACUACCGACGCCUCCUCCGCCGCACGGAGGUUCACCAGACGCCGUCCUUCCUGCGGAAUUCCGAAGCAACUCAGUCCUUCUAGUCGAUGCACUCUGCUGUUUAGCUUUGCACCCCAUACCAAAGCGCUACCCACACCUAAAACCUAAUCUAGAGAUCCCGCUAGUUCCACCACCGUGCAUCCGCCGUUAGGAUGCUUCGCGGUUAAUUUCGAUCUCUGCAUUGAUUCAUCGAUCGGAUUCGUUGGCACCGCGAUUUUCGUUGUAAUCAACGGAAAUGGCGGGGCAGAAUCCGAAUAUGGAUCAAUUCGAGGCGUAUUUCCAGAGAGCUGACGUGGAUCGGGAUGGGCGGAUUAGUGGGAGUGAGGCCGUUAAUUUCCUCCAAGCUUCAAAUUUGCCUAGACAAGUCCUCGCUCAGAUAUGGACAUCUGCUGAUCAAAAUCGACUCGGUUUCCUGGGUCGUCAAGAAUUUUUUAAUGCUCUUAAACUUGUAACAGUUGCUCAAAGCAAGCGAGAUUUGACUCCAGAACUUGUAAAGGAUGCCUUGUAUGGUCCAGCUUCAUCCAAAAUUCCUCCUCCUCAGAUAAAUCUUGGGCUACUGGUUCCUCAGUCUAAUGCAAAGGCAAAUCCAUCUCCUGCACAGUUAGCUGGCCCUCAGGUACCCUUGCCAGGUACUGGUGUAAGUAGCCAGGCACUUGUAACUCAGCCAAACCAAGUGACAAGGCCUCCCUGGCCUUUGCCUCCUAGUUCUGGAUUUCAAUCUCAGCCAACUAUUGCAACCCGUAUGCUUGGGACUGGUUUGAUGACCACAUCUCCUCCCCCAAAUUCGUUUGAUGCUCUUGGUGGGAAUGUGGAUGGCCCCCGACCUGGAAUUUCUUCACAAGUAAGCAACAACAGCUUGAUUCCUUCUGCAACUCAGGAUGACUUUGGCCUAAUGGCAUCAGCUAUGACUCAACUAAAAGAGCCAGAGAUCAAUGGGUCACUACAAUCUGCUUCCUCCACCCAUGUCAGAAAGGAUGAUCUGAAACCACUUUCAACAGCAGGGAAUGGUUUUUCGUCAGACUCGGUGUUUGGUGAUGUGUUCUAUGCAUCAUCUUCUCAAGCACAACAGAAUUCCUCUGGACCUGCAUAUCCAACAGGUAACGGACCUGUUUCAUCGACGGGGAAUUUGGUGUUAACUAGAGACCACUCUUCAGCUAGACAAAGUGUUUCUCAACCUCCAACUGCUCAAGCUCAGAAAUUCCAAUCCGCUGGGCAAGCAAGCCAGCAUGCUUCAGCACAUAAACCUCCUCUGUUUCCUGCUGCAGCUGGACAACAUCCUCCUCCAGCUGGACAGUCUAAGGGGCCUUGGCCAAGAAUUACCCAGUCUGAUAUUCAGAAGUAUGGAAAGGUGUUUGUGCAAGUUGACACUGACCGAGAUGGGAAAAUUAGUGGUGGACAAGCACAUAAUUUAUUCUUGAGUUGGAAGUUACCUAGAGAGAUCUUGAAACAGGUCUGGGACUUGUCUGAUGAAGACAAUGACAGUAUGCUUUCCUUGAGGGAAUUCUGUGUUGCGCUUUAUUUGAUGGAGCGGUACAGGGAAGGACGUCGUCUUCCUACAGUACUUCCUCACUCUUUUAUACUAGAUGACACAUUGUUUCCCGCCCCAAGUCAACCUACUGCUGUGCAUGGUGUUACAUCUUGGAGACCACCUUCCGGUUUUCAACAAUCCCAAGGGACUAACAAUGCAAGAGCUAUACCUUCUGCUGGUCCUGGAAGGCCUCCACUUCCAGUCCUCGCUCCCCACCCUGAUGAGCCCAACCAACAAAAGGCUAAAGUACCAGAGCUGGAGAAGCAUCUUUUGGACCAGCUUUCCACAGAGGAGCAAAAUGCAUUGAAUAAAAAGUCCGAGGAAGCAAAGGAUGCUGAGAAAAAGGUGGCAGAACUGGAGAAGGAUAUUCUGGAAGCUAAACAAAAAGUUCAGUUCUACCAUGCUAAGAUGCAAGAACUUGUCCUGUACAAAAGUAGAUGUGACAAUAGGUUGAAUGAGAUCUCUGAAAAAGUUGUAGGUGACAAGAGAGAGGCUGAAUUAUUAUCAAAGAAAUAUGAAGAGAAGUACAUGCAGGUUGGAGAUGUAGCUUCAAAAUUAACAAUUGAAGAGGCCACCUUUCAUGAUAUUCAGGAGAAAAAAAUGGAACUUUAUCGAGCAAUUGUUAAGUUGGACCAAGAGAAUGCGGAUGAUGCUCAGGAUCGAGCUAAUCUAGUCCAAUCAGAUCUUGAGGUACUAGUGAAAACCUUGAAUGAACGGUGCAAAACUUACGGAUUACGGGCAAAACCAACUUCACUCCUUGAGCUUCCAUUUGGUUGGCAACCUGGCAUUGAAGGCACUGCAGCUGACUGGGAUGAAGAUUGGGAUAAGUUGGAAGAUGAAGGAUUCACCUACGUCAAAGAGCUUACUCUUGAAGUGCAAAAUGUGAUUGCUCCUCCAAAACUAAAAUCUGCCUUUAGAGAGAAGGUUUCUUCAUUGCACAGCAGCACGACUGGAAGAUCACCUUCUAAGGCUGAUGACAACUCAGAGUUGCCAAGUUCUGUGGAGAGAGUAACUGAGGAUGACAGGCCAGAGACUAACAACUCAGAGCAUACAGCAAGAACUCCACCUGACAGUCCAGUAGGAAGUAAUGCAGUUGCCAGCCCAUCCAAGGAAUUCCGAGAUUUGCGAAUACACAAGGACUUCAAUAUAAAUGGCUCGCCACAUGCAUUUGACACCCAAAGUGAAUAUGGGGGUGAUUCAAUAUUUUCUGGGGACAAACGUUUUGAUGAUCCAAGUUGGGGUACCUUUGAUUCACACUAUGAUGCGGAUGCAUCAUGGGAUUCCGUUUCUGUUGCUUCAAAGGAAGCUGGUUCUUUGUUUGGCCCUGACGACUGGGUUCUUAAUCCAAUCAGAACUGUGGCCAGAGGCACAGACGCAUCGCUUCCGAAGCAGGGCCCAUUUUUCGAUUCAGUUCCGAGCACUCCAUCCAACACAUCUCUUCCAAAGCAGGGCCCAUUUUUUGAUUCAGUCCCCAGCACCCCAUCCAACGCAUCUAUGCAAAAGCAGGGACCAUUUUUUGAUUCAGUUCCAAGCACACCACUUCACAAUUCAAGCUCUCCUCAUGCAGACAAUCUGUUUGCAAGGAAUAGCCCGUUCGCAUUCGCUGACUCUGUGCCAACCACACCAAUGUAUAACUUCAGCUCAUCCCCGAGAAGGUUCAGUGAAGGUUCAGAAGAGCAACAUUCAUUUGACAGCUUCUCAAGAUUUGAUUCCUUCAACAUGCAAGACAGUGCCCCAUUCAGUUCACGAGAGUCCUUCGGCAGAUUUGAUUCCAUGCGAAGCACUGGAGAUUCUACUGACUUCGAUCAGGGAUACUCUGCUAAACCAGAGACCCUCACAAGGUUUGACUCUUUCCGCAGCACUGCCGACUCGGAUUAUAAUUUUGGGGCAUUUCCUCCACACACGUCAUUGACGAGAUUUGAUUCCACGAGUAGCAUGCGGGAUGCUGAUUAUGGCCAUGGAUUUGAUGACACAGCCGAUCCGUUUGGGUCGGAUGAGCCAUUUAGGUCUUCGCACGAAGCUAAAACGCCAUCAAGGGACUCCGAUAGUUGGAAAGCUUUCUAGUUUCCGGAAUUUUAUCAUUAUAUUUUUUGUGUGCAAUCUUGUUUGGUAUGUUGAGUGGGAGUUGAAGUUGUAGGUGAGGCAAUUUGGUUCUUCUAUUUGAUAGAAGUUGAGUCCACCGGUCUUUCUUUCUUCUAUUUAUAAAAAUUCACUUUUCAUAUA